UAUGUUGGUACGAAUGGUCGCGCGUAAUCGUGGUGAGUUUCGGGUACGCGUCGGGGUGAGAGUGUACCGUAUUGCCGUAUGCGCCGAUGAUCUGAGAAAUUCUCGCCUGUGCGAUAUUUUUUGUGCGAAAUAUGUUACAACUCUGCGUGGCCUAACUACGGGACGGAAUUUCGGCGAAUCGCUAUCAAUACUAGAGAAAUCCAAGAAUCAUGUUUUACGCACAUUUUGUGUUGGCCAAGAAAGGGCCCUUGGCCCGUAUAUGGUUGGCUGCUCAUUGGGACAAGAAAUUAACGAAGGCACAUGUAUUUGAGACAAACAUAGAGAAAUCAGUGGAUGGUAUAUUGCAACCAAAGGUUAAGAUGGCUUUACGGACAUCAGGCCAUUUAUUACUGGGAGUGGUAAGAAUUUAUUCAAGGAAAGCCAAAUAUCUGCUAGCCGAUUGCAAUGAAGCUUUCGUAAAGAUUAAAAUGGCCUUCAGGCCUGGAAUGGUAGAUCUGCCUGAAGAACAUAGAGAAGCAGCUGUAACGGCUAUUACUUUGCCAGAAGUAUUUCAUGAUUUCGAUACUGCUAUGCCUGAACUCAAAGAUGUUGAUAUUGAAGCUCAGUUUAGUUUGAAUCAAUCUAGAGCUGAAGAAAUAACAAUGAGGGAAGACUAUGGCAGUUUAUCUUUGGUUACGCACGAUCAGGGUUUUGGUGACAUGAGUUUUGAUGCUGAGCCACCAGAGUUGCUACGACAUGGUAGUGGCAUGGAACCUUCUUUAGAUCAGAGUCACAUGUUGUUUAGUGAUGGUUCAGGAAUAGAGACAGCAUUGGAACAAAAAGAAAAAGAGCCAGUUGCAGGAACAUCUGCUACAACACAACCCAUGGAUAUAGAUACACCCAUCAGAGAUGAUGGAUUUGGUGGUCAUCUUGGCCAAGAUAUUAUAUCGGGAGGACUCUUUGAAGGUGGUUUAUUUGAUGAAGCUCCAAUGGGUGAAGUACCUGUACCUGAGGUUAGUUCGAUAAAUGAGCAACAGGAAGCAGGUACGGCUCCUGGAACUGCUGCUUCCGUGCACGACGAAUCUGACGAGGAUAUGGAUCACUUUGGUGGUCCAGCCUCUCCAAUGGGAGGCAUGAGCUCUGACGGCUCUAGACCAGCCACACCUGCAGCAGCUGGAGAGGAAAUUGAGGGAAGAAUAAGCGUCGCAAGUCGGCGUUUUACACCAGCUCCACCAGUUAUACCAGAAGAACAUGCUAUUGACAAUAUAGAAGAGCCACCACCUUUACAAGAUCAAACCACAUUAUUACAUGAUGAGGAAGAAAGCUUUGCGCUAGCUCCAAUUGAUGCGUCUGCUUUGAAAGGAUUCACAAAAGCUAAACGCAAGCGUAAACUUAUUGUCGAUGAAGUAAAAAAUAUUUCUGGUGAAGAAAUGAAGGCACAGCUGUCUGAUACUAGUGAUAUCAUCACAACAUUGGACUUGGCACCACCUACGAAAAGAUUAAUGCACUGGAAGGAAACUGGUGGCGUGGAAAAGCUCUUUGCUCUGCCAGGAAGGCCUAUCCCGGCUCGUGUUCUAUUUAAAAAUUAUCAAAGACAUCUGACCAGCAAGUCUUAUGAUCAUGAAGACUUUGGACGACUUGGAACUGAAGAAGAUGGAAUGUCUUUGGAACAAAUGAGAGAUGCCCCAGAAACAGAAGUAACCUCUUACGAACAAAGUAUCCUCAAUAAGCGUACAGGGCGAAAACGGAAAGCACCACAAGAUGAUGAGAUAAGGCCACCUCAACCACCUCAACCAACUCCAGCAGACUUUAACCAAUCAAAUGAAGCAGUGGAAAUUCCAAACAUAAUUGCACAACAUAAUCUUUCUUCAGAAUCAACCAUACCACCCGAAGUAUCUUUACCAGCAGAACCAUCGGUUUCCGACAUAAGCAGCAUUGUGCCUUCUGGGGAACCAUCAGAAGUUGCACCGCCAGCUACCGAAACGCCUUUGCUCGGUUCGGAAAUACCACAAAUCGCUCCAGCUGAAGUCAGUUCGAUACUCGGCACACACGAAGAGCCGCAAAUACCGUCAACAUCGGCACAGGAAGAAGCUGUCGCCACCGUACAAACAUCCGAUAUGCCGCAGAUGGAGAAUAUGGGUUAUGACCAAGCACAACCACAGGUUUCAUACAUGGGUUAUGACGAACAACAUCCUCCAGCACAUACGCCUGGUGCUAUUUCUGAAAGAGGACCCGCUACACCGUGGAAUCAUGAAGAUUACGAGUUUCCACCAUCCGUUGGACCUCAAGAAGAACAGCAAAUGGAUGAAACUUAUGAGCAGUUUGAAGAACGCGUUCUUAACAAAAGAGCAGCCCAUAUGUAUCACGUUAUUAAAAGCAAAUUAGAUACCAAAGAUAAAUUAACACUGUCGGAGAUGGCAUUCAAAAAUAAUCGCAAGCAGGUUGCACAGAAGUUUUAUACACUAUUAGUUCUGAAAAAGUUUCAAGUAUUAGAACUCAAUCAAGAAUAUUCAUACGCUGAAAUUAUAGUCACAAAAGGACCAAAAUUCGAAAAUCCUGCAUUGUAAAAAUUUAUGCUCUCAAUCAUAAAAUUUUGCGUAUUAAUGAAGAAAGGACGUUAACAUUUGUUUACAGAUAAAAUAUCAAAAUAACAGAUUUUCAUAAAAAAUGUUAAAUUAAAAUAUUGGAAGAAUUAAUUGUUUUUAAUGACAGAAUGACUUGUCUGAUUUUUUAUUUCCCUGUCUUGGAUAGAUGCAUAAUGAAUGAAUACUACUUAUUAUAAUUACUUUAAUGACAUUACAUUCUUUUUUCACGCAUAUAUAUGUAUAUACUACAUUGAUUGCUUUUUACUUAAAUAAAUUCUUAUUAGUUGUAUUUGUAUUUUUUUUUUCCAAAAUUAAUUGUCUUGCAUUAUUCAUCAAUCCAAACAGGGUUUGUACAUAAAUAAAACAAAUAAUUAAAAAAUAUUUUACGACAUGUGUAUCAUCAUUAAUAACUUGAAUGUAUUACAAAAAGGUCCAAAACUACAGGUACUCUUGACAUUAAUAAAUUUUGAUAUAAUUAUCAAC